GAGCUGUACCCAAGGGCUGUCACGAGGCCCAAUUCAAAUGGGUGAACUUGCAGUUGCACUGUUGUAGUGGCAAUAUAACACCUUACUGCAAAUCUCGUUUUCCCUUCCCUUCCACGGCUACGGCGCUCCAAAACCCUAACGUCUCUAUCCAAUCGGCAGUCAAAUUAAAGAGAAGUGAAGAAAAUGAGCAGAGGUGGAGCAGUUGGUGCCGGUGGAGCCAAGGGGAAGAAGAAGGGAGCAACUUUCACUAUUGAUUGCUCGAAGCCAGUCGAGGAUAAGAUCAUGGAUAUUGCCUCUCUCGAAAAGUUCCUCCAGGAGCGCAUCAAAGUCGGCGGCAAAGCCGGGGCUCUCGGUGAUUCCGUCACCGUCACCCGUGAGAAGUCUAAGAUUAACGUCACCUCUGACUCCAACUUCUCCAAACGGUAUCUGAAAUACUUGACAAAGAAGUACUUGAAGAAGCACAAUGUGCGAGACUGGCUUCGGGUCAUUGCUUCCAACAAGGAUCGUAAUGUUUACGAGCUGAGAUACUUUAACAUUGCUGAGAAUGAAGGAGAGGAUGGAGAAUAGAAUGAAUCGAAGGCUAAAGGGAUAACAAUUUUGAAGCCGUCCGCGAUGAUCAAAGGAGUGAGAAAAAGGACACUUGUCAAAUGACUCAAAGGUUGAAAAUCCAAGACAGUAUGGUAAAUGACAAGGGAGAAGGUGGGGUUGGCGUGGCACUAAUAUUGACAAUCACGCCAAAGUCGCAAAUUAUCGUGGCCACUCAUGGACGGACCUUGCCUUGAAUCCUCAACCUUCAAAACUAGAACCCACUAGAGACGUUACCUAGAAGUAAGCAAAUAACACCCCUCCACCUCCCUAAUCAUGUGCACUCUCUAUCGUCCAUCCACUUUCAAUGUACUCUCACAUGCCUGUUAUUUCUAUACCUAAAUUUGUCCUAAUCCAAGCACCAUCAUGCAAAGAUAAUUUAUAAUUGAGUGCAAAGUCUAUUGAAUAAUUCCACAA